CCUUUUUUUUAAUAACUCAGUUAGUAUUGUUUUGUAACUCUGUCAGUAUUGUUUUUGAAAAACCAUUUCGAAAUUCAUGGAGGAAAAUAAAUUAGACCAACAAACUCAGAAUGGUGACACACCGAUGUUCAAGAAUAAUAAUGCUGGAGAAGAUUACGAUCCGUAUCUUCACCGUAAUAUACCGAAUGCUACAUCGAACUAUCAAACACUGAUUCAUCUACUAAAGGGAACGCUGGGAACUGGAAUUAUGGCAAUGCCAUACGCCUUCUCAAAAGCGGGAUAUGUUUCUGGCCUGAUGAGUACAGUUUUCUUAACGUUGAUGACGACGAAUUGUUUUUUAAUGCUGACCAACAAUCAGUACAUUUUGUGCAAGCGGCAUCGUCGUCCCACGUUAUCAUAUCCGAUGCUGAUGAAAAUGUCCUUGGAGGAAGGGCCUUCAUUCUUGCGAUGUCUGUCGAAAAUCGCUAUACCAUUUGUAGAUGGAUUUCUAAUAGGCAAUCAAUGUGGAAUCUGUUGUGUCUAUGUGGUAUUUACAGCUGAAAAUAUUGGUGAAAUCCUGAAUGAAGCUUGUGGAGUCUAUUGGAACGUUAAAAUUUACGUUGCAAUACUACUGCUGCCAUUGAUGCUUCUGAUGUGUGUUAGAAAUUUGAAACACCUGACUCCGUUUUCCCUGAUUUCCAAUUGCAUAACAUUUGUGGGUGUCGCAAUGUUGUUCUACUAUUUCUUUGAGGACGGUAUUGCCGGGCCAUCGGAGCGAAAAGCAAUUAAUUCGAUCGAAAAUUUCCCAUUGUAUUUUGGCACAAUUCUCUUCGCAAUAAAUUCAUUUGCAUUGGUCAUUGCUGUGGAAAAUAACAUGAAAACCCCAAAAUCUUUCAAUAUGAUAAUGAGUAUAGCAAUGGGUGCUAUAUGUGUACUGUACGCCGCAUUUGGUUUCGUUGGAUAUUUGCGAUAUGGCGAAAGUUGUAAGGGAAGUGUUACACUGAAUCCUGACCAAACAGAGACUCUAGCUAAAUGCAUUCGCGGUAUCUUCGCAUUAGCAAUUUUCAUUUCCUAUGGCCUACAAGGAUACGUUCCAGUUUCUAUCGUUUGGGGAACAUAUUUGAGUAAAGUGUGGGAUAACCCCGACAACAAAAUCUAUUACGAAUUUGCUGUUCGUAUAUCAUUUGUGCUGAUAACAUGUGGUGUUGCUGCGGCUAUUCCAUUCAUCGGAUUAUUUAUUAAUCUUAUUGGAGCAUUUAGCAUAUCAAUGUUGGGAAUUAUCUGUCCAGCUCUCAUGGAAAUUUGUGUUUUAUACAAAGACAAACUGUCGAAUCUGAUCCUCGCGAAAGAUAUUCUCUUGAUUGCAAUCGGAGUCGUUGGUCUAGUUUUUGGUACAUUCACUAGUGUUCGAGAGAUAAUUGAUAUGUACAAUAAAUAAAUGCAAUUUAACUUAUGUGUUGUA